AUGUGUGCGAAUUGACAGGAGUGAACAACAAAUAUGUGGCUUAAAGCGUUGUUAACAUCAGGAAUAAUUUGCUGCGUCCUCCCCCAAAGGACACUGGGGGGAGGUUCGGUAGCGGAAAUGAACGCCUUUAUCGAAAAAAGAGACUACGUCGUAAACGGUGUCAAUUACACGAUGAACGAUCAUUAUUUUCCGUCAAACUUCAUGUUCGGCUUCGCCACGGCCGCCUACCAACACGAAGGUGCUUGGAACGAAGACGGCAAAUCGGAAAACAUUUGGGACCGUGACGUUCAUUUUUUUCCCGAGCACGUGGUCGACCGCACCAACGGAGACAUCGCGAGCGACAUGUACCACACGUAUCCCCAAGACAUCCAACUCAUGAAGGACAUGGGAGCCAAGGCCUACAGAUUUUCGAUCGCCUGGACCAGAAUCUUACCCAACGGUUACAAAGACUACGUCAACCAAGCCGGAAUCGACUACUACAAGAGGCUGAUAGCGGAAGUGAAAGCGGCUGGCAUGGAACCUCUACCUACAAUGUACCACUGGGAUCUACCUCAGGUGUUGCAAGACCAAGGCGGCUGGAUCAAUCAGACUAUCGUGGGAUUGUUCGUGGAUUACGCUGACGUGUUGUUUGAGAAUUUCGGUGACGACAUCACGUACUGGGUGACUCAUAACGAACCGCAGCAAACGUGCGAGAAGGGUUACGGAAUUGGAGGUGUGCCCCCGAACAUCGCUUCAUCGGGGCUUCAAAGUUACACAUGCGCUCACCAUUUGCUGCUAUCUCAUGGCGAAACCUACCAACUAUACAGGCAAAAGUACUACGACAGGCAGAAAGGCAAAAUUUCCAUGGUAAUCGAUACCGACUGGUACGAACCGGCGUCAAAUAGCGCACAGGAUUUGGAAGCAUCAGAAAGAGGUUUACUAUUUACGUAUGGUUGGUUCGCGCACCCAAUAUUCUUCGGCGAUUACCCGGAAGUGAUGAAAACUCGGAUAGAGGAACGAAGUUUGAAAGAAGGUCUGGCGCAUUCGCGUCUACCAGAGUUUACAGACUCCAUGAAGAAGAUCAUGAAAGGUACUGCCGAUUACCUCUGCAUCAACAUGUAUACCUCCAUUUUGACGAAAUGGGUAGAGGACGCCCCGAUUAGCAAACCGAGCAGGGGGUUGGAUAUGGGUAUCGCCUUGUCGAACCCAUCAAGCUGGGAAGGCUAUGACGACUGGAAAAUAUACCCAGCAGGUGCGCGGAAGCUCAUCACUUGGUUGCAUAACACCUACGGGUCGCCCGAAAUUUUGAUUACCGAAAGCGGGUGGUGGCACGAACAAUCUAUUAUAGAUGAUUUGGAUUCGAGAGGGUAUUACCAUAAGUUGUACCUGAGCAACAUUUUGGAUUCUAUGGUGUACGACGGAGCUAAUGUCAUAGGGUAUAUGGCCUGGUCUAUCUUAGACUGUUACAACUGGUACAUGGGGUACACGCAAGGUACUUCGUUCUACUACGUAGACUUCAACGAUCCGGCGUUACCGAGGAAAGCUAGAACUUCGGCGCCAUAUUACAGACACGUGUGCAAUAGGAGAUGUUUGGUGGACAGUUGUAAUUAA